CAGGUUUGUUAAAGACUCUUUGGUUAUAAAAAUUGAAGGAUUAGAUAAAGUAAGAAGCAAUCGAAUAAACAAAACAGAUUUAUAACAUGUGAUGAAACAAAUGGUGUGCCAGUAAGUGACUUAGAUUACAGUUAUCAUUAUCAUAGAGUUAUGGCUGUGACGGUGAGAAUAUUCAUGUCGUUAAAGAAGAAAAGACAUAUUCGGUUUAGGAAGAUGAGAAAAUAAAUCAGUUGAGAGUGGGCAGAAGUGUAGUUGAGCUUGGGAUUCUUGCGGAUGGUCUAAGCAGUUGUCAGUUAUGCAGACAGCCACUGCAAUUGUCAAAUUGUGUAGGGGAACACAAAAUUCGGCCUUGCACAUGUAGCCAUACUACUUGUCAAGUGCAAAUUUACAGACUGUGGGCUAGUACUGAAGUGGCAACAGGAAGCAAAUACCAGAAUUCAAAUGGCAGAAAUGCAUGGGAUGUAAAUACCAAACUAGCAGCAGGAAUAAUAAACGGAGGAUUUGCCGAUUUGGUGAAACACAUGUACAUUCACUCCUGGCUGCUUUAAACAUACCAAGCGUUUCUCAGAUAACUCUGAAGAAUAGAGGAAGAGAGGUCGGGCAACAGUUUGGACAAUUGGCCGGGGAAACUUGUAAUGAAAGUCUGCAGGAGGAGAUGAGAUUGAGUGAAGGGAGUCUAGCAGGUAUAUCUGAUGGUGCUUGGCAGAAGCGGGGUACCGGGAGAGCUUAUAAUAGUCUUACAGGACUUGCCUCUCUGUUGGAGAAAAAUCCAAGAAAAUAGUCAUUUUUUAGUAAAGGGGAAAAAAGUAUGGUAUGUGCAGCUGCCAAAUUAAAGGGUAAUCCUCCCAGGCAACACAAGUGCUGUAAGAACUCAACUGGAUCGGUGAAGGCCAUGGAGCCUCAGCCUGCCACGGCCUGUGAGAUGUUGGAGAAGAUCGAGAAUGUAGG